AUGGCAUCGGGGAGUGAAGAUGCACCUGUCAUCAACAAGAACAAAAGGCAUAGGAAGGACAAACCAUGGGACACAGACGAUAUCGACCAUUGGAAAAUCGAUCCUUUUACUCCCGAAGAUAACAAAGGAGGAACAUUUACCGAAGAAUCCUCGUUCGCCACCCUAUUUCCGAAAUAUCGCGAGAAGUACUUGCAAGAAGUGUGGAGUGCAGUAACUGCGGCUCUGGACUCGCAUGGCAUUGCGUGCACGCUUGACCUGAUCCACGGUUCCAUGUCCGUUAAGACGACGAGGAAAACAUACGACCCCUAUAUCAUCUUGAAAGCACGCGACAUGAUAAAACUGCUUGCGCGAGGUGUCGCUGUUGGUCAGGCGGUAAAGAUACUUCAGGAUGAUAUGGCAUGCGACAUCAUCAAGAUUGGGAACCUGGUCCGGAAUAAGGAGCGGUUCGUAAAGAGACGACAGAGGAUCAUAGGCCCCGACGGAAGUACGUUGAAGGCAAUCGAGCUCUUGACAAGGUGUUACGUUCUCGUCCAAGGCAGCACCGUCAGCGUAAUGGGCCCAUACAAAUCACUCAAAGAAGUUCGACGGAUAGUACUGGAUUGCAUGAAGAAUAUCCACCCUAUAUAUCGUAUCAAAGAACUAAUGAUUAAGCGCGAACUCGCGAAAGAUCCCAAACUUGCUACCGAACCUUGGGAUCGCUUCCUACCCCAGUUCCGAAGGAAGCACCUCAAAACAUCGGAGAAAACAGCUCGGAAGAACGCGGCUGUCGAGGCCAAAAAGGAGGCGCGGGCAGCAGCCGGUUUGGACCCAGAGGAAAUGGCGAAGAAAGAUAAAGCGAAAAAGGUUUACACACCUUUCCCGCCAGCGCAACUUCCUCGCAAGGUGGACCUCCAACUAGAGUCCGGCGAAUACUUUCUCAAGCCCCACGAAAAGGAGGCGAAGGAAGCCAAACGCAGAAAGGAGAAGCAAGCAGAGGUUACUGCGAAAAGACGAGCAGAAAGGCAAGAGGCGUUUGUCGCUCCCGCAGAAGAGGCAGCGCCAACAGUGGAGGAGAAGAGGGAACGCAAAAGGAGGAAGAGCGAGGCAGCUGUUGCAUCCGAUUUCGGGGAGCCCGUGGUCAAGAAGAAGAAGAGCAAAGAACGGGAGACGAGCGAGGAAUGA